AUGUAGUUUAUUACUUUAAAAUCAAAUUAAAAUUUAAUCAUAUUUCAAGGCAUUCAUUCUAUUUUUUAUUUAUUUUUGGGUGCAACGAAAACAGAUCAAACAAACAAACAAAAAAACAAAUAAAAAAAUAAACAAAUAAACAGCUCUAAACGAAUAUUUCUAAAUUUCUAAAUUCACAAUUUAAUUAAAAAAAAUUAAAAUAUAUUGUAAAUCUUCUCUUUAUUGUAUUUUACAAGUAUGAGUUCAGAGUGUGUUAAGGUUAUGGUCCGUUGCAGACCUAUGAAUAAGGAUGAAAAAUCCAAAAACUGCUAAUCAUGUAUCAGCAUAGAUUAGGAUAACAACUAGGUUAUUUUAUCAAAGCCAGGAGAAAGUGACAAAUAAAAAAUCCAUGCAUAUGAUGAUGUUUUUGCACCUGAUUCUACUUAACAAUAAAUUUAUGAAUCAACAGCUUUUCCUUUAGUGGAAAGUGUAUUUGAGGGUUAUAAUGGAACUAUAUUUGCUUAUGGAUAGACAGGAUGUGGUAAAACUCAUACAAUGAUGGGAGAUCCAUCUGAUGAACAAAACAAAGGUAUUAUACCUAGGACUUUUUCUCACAUAAUUUAAGUUAUAGAAAACGAAAGCAAGAAAGAGUUUUUAGUCCGCUGCUCAUAUAUCGAAAUUUAUAAUGAAGAAAUACAUGAUUUGCUUUCUAAAGAUAUUAAAGCUAGAUAUGAGCUAAAAGAGUCUCCUGAAAAGGGGAUCUUUAUUAAAGAUUUAAAUAAAGUAAUUGUUAAAUCAGUCAAAGAAAUGGAAAAUUUAAUGAAUAUUGGAAACAAAAAUCGCUCUACAGGAGAGACUGCAAUGAAUAAAGAUUCUUCUAGAUCUCAUUCUAUAUUUACUAUUUAUAUUGAAAUUAGUGAAGAUGAUGGGAAAGGAGGCUAGAAGAUAAAAGCAGGUAAACUUAAUUUAGUAGAUUUAGCUGGUAGUGAAAGAUAAAGUAAGACAUAAGCAACAGGAGAUAGAUUAAAAGAAGCUAAUAAAAUUAAUUUAUCUUUAAGUGCUUUGGGAAAUGUUAUUUAGGCUCUAGUUGACGGAAAGCAUUAACAUAUUCCUUAUAGAGAUUCCAAAUUAACGAGACUAUUGUAAGAUUCUCUUGGUGGUAAUACUAAAACAGUAAUGAUUGCUGCUAUUUCUCCUGCUGACUAUAACUACGAUGAAACUAUGGGUACACUGAGAUACGCUUCACGUGCCAAAAAUAUUCAAAAUAAACCUAAAAUUAACGAAGAUCCAAAAGAUGCACUCCUCAGAGAGUACGCAGAAGAAAUCAACAGACUUAAGAAUAUGUUAUAAAAUAAUAAUGGGAAGUAAGGUGAUUAAGAUAAUAAUGACUAAACAAGAAAUAUGUCUGAAAGUCAUAAAAAAAUUCAUAUAGAAGAAAUUGAGAAACUAAAAGAGGCUCAUAACGCUCUGAACAAAGAUAAAUAGAAAAUGGAACUGGAGCUAAAAGAGCAGUAAGAAAAAGUAAAAGAAGAAAUGGAGCAAAGAUUGAAAAUGUAAUAACUUUUAGAAGAAUUCCAAAAAAAUAAAAUGGUUGGUGGUAAUGGAGGAGAUGAAAAAGAAAAGAAGGUUUAUUAGGAUUUAAAAAAGAAAUUGAAAAAGCAAUAAAAAGAACAUGAAAAACUAAUUUAAGAUAAUAAAAAAAAAGAAGAAGAAAUGCUCGAGGCAGAAAAAAACUAUUAAAAUUUGUAGGAAGAAGUUGAAGCAUAAAGAAAAAUAAUAAAAAAGCUAAAAAAUAAAUACAAACAAUCUUCUUAAGAAAUCGAAGAUUUGGAAAGAGAACACAGAGAAGAGAAAGAAGAAAUUUUAGAGUCAGUAAGAAUACUUGAGAAAGAAAAUAAAUUGCUAAAUGCUGUUAUUGAUAUGGUUUUCAAAAAAGAAGAGUUUGAGAAUAUCAGAAGUUUAUCCUAAUGGAAUGACACAAAAAAUUGCUAUGUUGUUCCUCCUUUCUAUUUUAAAAAUAAAGAAUUAAGAUUGCCUAAACUACCUGCUACAUAAGCUAUGGAAUAAGUUGAAGUGGAAAAAGAUUCAAGAAUACUUCAAAUAGAAAAUAAAAAUGAAGUGAAGAAUGCCAAAAAUAGAAAAGUGAGAGAAAAGUCUUCUAUUAUAGAUGAUCACUCUUUGGAAAACUCACCAACUUAAGCUAAAAAACCAAAAAAGAACACAUCAAAUAUUGAAUAAGACUUAAAAGGUAGAUAACAACAACAACUAUUACAAUCUAAAAAAUCUUUAAUGGACAUGACUAAUAAUUAUUUACAAAGUAAAGAAUAAAGAUUUGGUACAGGAAAUUAUGGCGGUUACUCAUUUAAAGAAGAAUUAUAACCUUUAGCUCCUCCUAAAGUAAUUAAAAAAAACAUAAAUGGUAUCUAGUUGAAUCCUCUACAAACAAACCCAAAUACAAAUAAUAUUCUUGAAAUUAUAGAAAAAUAGAAUGCAACUCCUAACUAAAACGAAAUUAAAAGAAAUCCUAAAACAUAACCACUACUACCAUUAAAUUUUACUUAACAAAGCAGCAAAAGUGUGGAAUCGAGAUACUGA